AUGGCGCAGGCGGGAUCAUACAACAACCCCUUGAAGAAAUUCAAGCUGGUCUUCUUGGGAGAACAAAGCGUGGGCAAGACGUCUCUGAUCACUCGAUUUAUGUACGACUCGUUCGAUAAUAUGUACCAAGCAACAAUUGGCAUCGACUUUCUUUCAAAGACCAUGUAUCUCGAAGACCGGACGGUACGACUACAGCUGUGGGAUACCGCAGGACAAGAGCGAUUCCGAAGUCUGAUCCCUUCAUACAUUCGCGACUCAAGCGUUGCUGUUGUGGUUUACGAUAUCUCUAACGCAAAGUCAUUCCAAAACACCAAGAAAUGGAUCGAUGAUGUCCGGGCCGAGAGAGGAAACGAUGUGAUUAUUGUGCUGGUUGGCAACAAGACAGAUCUCAACGACAAGCGAGAGGUCACAACUCAACAAGGAGAGGAGGAGGCCAAGAGGCAAGGCUUAAGGUUUGUUGAAACCAGUGCAAAGCUUGGCCACAACGUACAGAACCUUUUCAAGAGGAUAGCGCAAGCUCUGCCUGGUAUGGAGGGCUCCGACUCAGCUACUCAGGCCACCAACCAAAUGAUUGAUGUGCGGACGAACACACAACAGCCUCAGCAAGAAGGCUGCUCAUGCUAA